GCGCUGCUAGCCAAGUGAGGGUGCCCAAAGGAACCCCGGGAUCUCCAGCAGAACUGUGGAGGAGGCAGCCACCGAGGAGGAGCCUGAGAGCAGCCUCCAUGGGCUCUGAGCCCAGCUGGUGUCUGCUGCUCUGUUUGGCUCUCUCUGGGGCAGCGGGGACUGAGGCCCCCACAGCAGACAGAGGGUGGCAGCCCACCGACAUAGUCUUAGACUGCUUCUUGGUGACGGAUGACAGGCAUCCAAGGGCCUUUGGCAGCAGUGGGGACAGGCAGAAGGCCUUGCUUGUGUUGAAGCAGGUGCUGGUGCCAGAUGAUGGCUCCCUAGAGGGCAUCACCGAUUUCCAAGUGAGCACAGUGGCCAAAGAUGACGCAGAUGCACCUACUAUCUUCGAGGCCUCAGUGGACUCGGUACAGAUUCCCCAGGCAGAGGCCUUGCUCCACGCUGACUGCAGCGGGAGGGCAGUGACCUGUGAGAUCUCCCAGUAUUUCCUUGGGGCCACACGAGAUGCCACUUCUGAGAGUGCAGCUUGGUUCAUCAGCAUGCAGGUUAGAGGGGGCCCCAGUGUCUCCAUGGUGAUGAAGACUUUAGGAGAAGCUGAAACUGGAGCUGCCUGGCACCCCACACUGAACCUGCCCCUGAGUCCCCAGGGUACUAUAAGGACUGCAGUGGAGUUCCAGGUGACAUCAGAGACCCAAGCCCUGAGUAGUGCGCUGGGGUCCUCGGUCUCCCUGCACUGCAGUUUCUCCAUGGCACCAGGCCUGGACCUCGUUGGUGUGGAGUGGCGGCUGCAGCACCAAGGCAGUGGCCAGCUGGUGUACAGCUGGAAGGCAGGGCAGGAGCAGGCUAAGCGCAAGGGGGCUACGCUGGAGCCUGAGCAGCUACAUGCGGCUGGGGAUGCCUCUCUCGCCUUACCCAACCUCACUCUAAAAGACGAGGGGACCUACAUCUGCCAGAUCACUACCUCCCUGUACCGAGCUCAGCAAAACAUCCCACUUGGCAUCCUAGCUACCCCCAAAGUACAGCUGCACCUGGCAAACAAGGAUCUGCCACACUCCCUCAUCUGCAGUGUCACUGGCUAUUAUCCUCUGGAUGUUGUGGUGACAUGGGUCCGAGAGGAGCAGGGUGGAAUUCCAGCCCAAGUCUCUGGUGCCUCCUUCUCCAGCCUCAGGCAAAGCAUGAUGGGAACCUACAGCAUCUCUUCCAACGUGAUGGCUGAGCCUGGCCCCACAGGUGCUACUUACACCUGCCAAGUUGCCCACGUCUCCCUGGAAGAGCCCCUUAGAGCCAGCAUGAGGGUUUCCCCACAUACAGAGCAGGGAACAGCCUUUGGAGUCAUCUUUGCCAGCAUUCUCUUCCUUCUUGCCCUGUUGUUCCUGGGACUUCGGAGACAGCAAGGCCCACCAGGAUUAAGAGGCACUCUGGGUAGCCUCUCUCUUGCCUGCAGAUAAAAAGCAGAGUUCCCAUGUUCUAGCUACCAAGGGGCCCCAUGCUGAGGUGUGAGACCGAAAAGCGCCUGAAGGAGGCGCCCUUGUGAGAGUGAGGUACUCAUCCUGGUCUCUGCCUUCCAUCCCUGUUGAGAAGAUCCAGGGCAGAUGAAAAAGGAGGCAACAACAGGAGAGUAGAAGUAUCUGAGUGGAGGCUAACCCUGAAGUCAAGGAUGGAGCAAGUGAAGAGAGGCGGAAGACGGUAGGGGCUGGCCACCGCCCACAAACUCCUAACUGUCAAAAUAAAAACACUCUCUGUCUACAGC